AUGUCAACACCGAGGACCAAGUUCCAGCUCAGAAUCCCCCGGAACCAUCGAGAGCAGCCUGGAUACCCCUCCGCCCCUGCAGAGGCAUCCGGGGCGAUGCUCUCCCUGUCCCAAUCGGGCAUGUCCCACUCGUUCAUCUCGUCCGGGUACAGCGAGUCGGUCGACCUCGAGGUCGUGGACGAAAUCAUCGAGCGGAGUCCGAGGAGCGCCACGGCGUUCCCGGUGGUAUACAAAGCUUAUGUAUCUGUCUUGCAGGACAAUGGGAUCUCCCCAGCGGACGACACGGCGUACUACCAGUUCCUCCUGAAGCUUCAGGUGAUCCGUGCAGGAACAUGGGGCGAGAAAUGGGACCUCUGGCGGGCGACCCAGCUCGCUACUUCUUCCGGUCCGCCAGGCGUCUCUCCGAAAGUAGGAAUGACGCCCCGGUUGGCAGACGUCCGCGCGAAGGUCCCAUUCCUCGCAGGGGCGAGCUCGGACCUGGACGAUGCAUUUGGCGAAGGAGAGACUUCAUACUCUGCCGAUGCGGAAUCUACCACCGGCUCAGAGACGCCCGGUAGACUGUCAGGCCCGACCUCUCGCAGGGUCAGCUACACACCGUUUACGCCCGGCCGGAACGCCUUCGACAAGCGGGAAGAAGGGGCGGACGACUCGAGGUCCCUCGUGGGGUACACGCCAGACCACUCGGUCGACCUCUCCGGCCUCGGCCUAGAUCUUCUUCCCGCUCGGACCUCGACGCCUAUCUAUGCACAUCAGCAGCACCGGCACGCCCAAGCGGUACACGCCACACCGCCACCGUACUCUGCGUCAGUCUCCCAGUCGGAUAUCGGCACGCAGCAUUAUGACCUGACGGAAGAGCUCAUUCCGGGUUUGGUGACCCCCAAGGCGCGUGCCCGGGACUGGGAGGAAGAUCGGAUACUGGAAGAGGAGGUCAUCAAGGAGAUGGAGAGAAGGGCGGAUCAGUUCUACGAGACGGGGCUGAUGGGGAGGUGUUUUGAUGUCUGGGCGCAGGCGAAUGACUGGAUUCAGAAAACGACAAAUCAAAUCGAUACCGUCCGUGCCCAUAUCCUCUUGCGCCAAAACCUCCUUAAAUGGAAAGCCGAGAAGGACCGUGUGCUUCUCCUGCCCAAUACCGCCGAUGCGCACCGCCGACAGCACCUCCAGCUAUCAGCACUGAGCAAGUGGAUCAGGAGGUAUCGGGAUCUCAGCCUGGCGAAACGGGAAAAGGCAUUCGCGAUCGAGGGACAACGAGCGACAAUGGAGAAGGCGUGGCGCAGGUGGAGAGCGGAGUUGACGAAGAAAAGAACAGGGCGAUGGGAGAGGGAUAUGAAAUCCCGGGAGAAACGGUUCGUCAAGGCCAGAGAAACCGUACUGGUGCAGGACGUGCUGGAUCGUUGGCGGGGUGAGACGAGGACCCGGAUAGAUACCCGGCUUGCUGUAUCUGUCGAUACUGACCGACUCCUCCGCCAGACCUUUGAGGCGUGGCAUUAUCGCCUGGAGCAGAAGGAACGGCUCGAGGGGCAAUUGGCAGUUUACCAGCGGACGAGAGAUAAGAGGGUACUUGGCGGAGUGUGGGAUCGGUGGGUCCAGGAAGGUAUGAUCAGGAGGGCCGAGGCGGGGUGGUGGGAUGUCAAAGAGGAGAGGGUGAAGAGAGAGAUCUGGGAUCGCUGGAAGCUGUUAGCGUCUCAAGCGACCCAAGCUGAUGACAUCGCCCGAAUGGCCAGCCUCAGAGCGGCGUUGGGGAGAUGGAAAAAGGCUCACUCUACCGUGAAGUCACUUGAGCGGAAAGUGGUCAUCUUUCGGCAAGUCAGCGAACGUGCUGUACUGCGGCAGGCGUUCACGAGGUGGACGGUGGCGGAGCGGGAGGUCUUGCUCGGCCGGGUCCGGGAUCAACGGGCAACCAAGAGCAAUUGGGCUGUCUGGCGAUCCCGGCUCGAAGGGGUUAGGAGACUGGACGACCGCCUCAUUCCGCUUACCCAGGCCAAAAACCGUGCGGUCCUCCAAGCGACACUCCGGAAUUGGCAAACAGCCCUAUCAGCCCAGCGUACGCAACUCCUUCGCGCUCAAGAUACCUACAAUGCGCACCGCCUCGCGUCUGCCUUCGCGAUAUGGCGCACCGCCGCGCGGAAGAUCGAAAGCGAUCGGGAUAUGGCAGAUAAAGCUCGGGUGUUCUUCGUCUUGCGGCAGGUUGUGCGGGUGUGGAAAGUCGCGAGGGAGAGGAAGAGGCAAGAAGCUUGGGCGGAGGGGAGGCGUGUGGAGCUCAUGCGAAGGGUGUUCGACGAAUGGCGGGCUGAGGCUAAGCGGAGUGUCAAUGGCAAAAAGCUAGCGGACGAGUUCCGAAAAGCUUCAGACCAGCGCCUCACUGCGGACACUCUAUCUCAAUGGACCAACCGCGUCAUCUUUCUCAAAUCUCGCCAACUCGACGUCUCCGAGGCUCGUGAUGCUCGACUCCUCGAAUCGACCCUGUCCCGCUGGGUCACAACUCGUAGGCGGAUCGCCGAUGCGCAAGCCCUGGCAGACAGCUUCGUUAUUGUCAAAGGGGAAGAGAUUGCUCGUGAGGUUUUUAGCGUGUGGAGGGAUAAUGCGGCGAGGAAGCGGGAGAGAAGGGAGGCUGCGGUGUUAGCGGAGCAGAGGCGGAGGGAGAGGCUGGUCAGAGGUGCUUGGGAGAUCUGGAGGGAUCGAGCGAUGGAGAGGAAAUUGGAGCCGAUCGAAGAAGAAGUUGGGAUCAGGCACGAAGAUGCGAUCUUGUUCCGGGUAUGGGACAAGUGGAAGGACAGAGCAACACUUCUACCCGCCAUCUCGUUCGAUAAUCGCCGGAUCAAGCAAAAGGCCUGGUCAAGCAUGUUGAGAGCGAUGGACCGGGCCAAGGCGAUGAAGGAGUUUGGAGGGCCGCGGGAUCAUCGACUACUUGCUGUCUGGCGGGCGAAAACUCAGGCCAAAGUGGUUGCGCGAGCAGGUCGUCUUCGAGGCCGACAUCGGCCUAGUCUGCCCUCGAGCACUGCGCUCCCAUCAGCUUACCGUACGACAUCGUACGGAAACGCGAGAUCGCCCAUUCUUCCGCCUUAUCGUCCCUCCGCAACGGCCUCCGCUCGGCCUACCCCACCGCAAACCCUGUCAACCCCUCGACAUAUUCGCUCCGCAUCCACCUCGCACCAGAGGCAUCUACGUACUGAGCCUGCGUCGCCAGCUCCCGACGAUGAAGGGGAAGGCGAGGGGAGAGCAGAUGCGCAAUCUGUGUUCAGUGAGCCGGCGUAUUCGCGCCUCAGGUCUGAAUUGGCUAGACCGAGGUCGGAACGGGGAGCCACGGAGGAGCCGGUGUCAGCGGGGGAACUGCAGGGUGUGAGAGCGGGGAGGAGUGAUCUGAGCAAUGCCCUUAGGGGGCUGGAGCGGCGGUAG